UAGAUCUUAAACACCCUGUAUGGAAACACCUGUUAAUAAUCGGGCACGUUCUAGCAUUACCCCUUGAUGGAAAACAAACGGGGUAACCAAUCAGAAUACGAGUAGCACGGUAAUAAUGUUGUCAGUGCAAACAACUUACCAUCUUGUGACUUGGUUUUUAUGAUUUUAUUGGUCAUCAGCAUUAAGAUGUCAAUUAAGGAAAAUUUUUCAGGCCGAUGCAUCAAAGAUCCCCUCGCUUCUCUUCUUCAGAAUCAUCACCUUAACUCGUAACAUGUUAAUUUGAACGGCAAAACCAGCCACCCAUCACAGUAAGUAAGAAUUGUCGUUUUUUUGUCUCAGUGCCACCUGUCAGUGUAUAAUAUCUUUCCCUGUAUAUAUGCUCACUGCGCUAACAUUACAGUGGCUAUUACACUUAUGCUGCAAUAAACUAAAAAUAUUGAAAACUGAAGAGAAACUUGAACAUUGUCGGAAAACAUUUACAGCCAGUUUUCUGCCUAAAAAACGUGGCUUGGUACGAAAAAAGAAAGACCGAGUGAAUAUGAUUUGCAUACUCGUGAGUAUCCUGGCUCUGAAGAUUUAACAAUAGAUUUUUUUCUUCUUUCGUCUUUCUUUUUGAAUUCAUCUACUCAUUUACCUAUUUAUUUGGCAACAAUCAAAGGAGAGAAUGAAAUAGAUCUUUGUCACGAUGCAACAGUCAGAGGCUCUUGAUAGUUUGUUGAACAUAUUGAGCGAGUUCGGGUUUCACUCAAAGAGCAGGUGAAAAUUAAUUCCAAAAAAAACAUCCAGUCACUUCUCAUAGCUACAUGAGCCUUCUCACGCACUAUUCCCUGUGACGAAAGUACCCGUUAUUGCGCGUGAGAAAAUAUGAUUAAUGAUCAAAGACUUCUGUCUUAUGUAAUGCAACAUUUCAAAUUACUAAUACCACGCACACUCUAAGCCUCGAGAAAAUUAAAAGUCAGCAAACAAUUUUGAUCUAACUGUCAAGUGACACUGCAUUUUCAUUGAAGAAAAGGUCGAUUUACAAUUGCAGUUUGGUUAGCAAGUUCUUAUGUUCCACCUAAGAGGCGAAGUUGAAUUUUGUAAUUCUGUACGUAAGUUCAUUUCACAUAUUUUACUCAGUUAAAGACCUCUCCGGCGGAUAACAACAACAACAACAACAACAACAACAACAACAAUAACUUUAUUGGAUACCUGAGACAUGUUAACCGAGCUUUUUAGUGGAGUCAUGGUGACAAUGGCUGCGGUCGUCAUUCUUCAUUCUUCACAGCUUGGUGUAGUUUCAAACAUAAACAACUGUUCAGCAGGAGGAUUUUUCUUCGCUCCAGGAAGAAACAUGAUAAACAACCACGCCCUUCGGGGUCACCUGCUGUGUCAGGUGACAGUAGCGCAGCCAAUCAAAUGCUUUGAAAAAUGUCAGUCUGACUGUCGGUGCAUCUCGUUUAAUUAUUUGACCAAUGUGAAUCAAAAUAACUGUGAGCUUAAUGAGGAAAGCAGGUACACCAAUUUCAGUGCGUUGAAGCCUCUAGAGGGAUCGCAAUACUACGAUCUCGCCAUCAACUAUGGCAUCAGGGCAAACAACCCUUUGGCCGAGUGUCACAAUGGAUGCUGUGCAACUCAAACCUGGUUUAACGGUGGAACGUGUCACGAGACCUGUGACGUUACAGGCAAGCGAUUCACCUGCUCAUGCAAGCCGCUCGUCGUUGGAAAGUUUUGUGAAACUGCCCCAUGCCUCACUCCUGAUUGGCUCAGAGUUAACAAUUCGUGCUAUAAGGAGUUUAAUGAACAAGUAAACUGGUUCAGUGCUCAGCAAGCCUGUAAAAACUUCAAAAGCAAUCUGACAUCCAUUCAUUCAGAAGCAGAAAACAAGUUUAUUCGCGAAAAGGUUGCAUCAUCAAAUCAAUACUGGAUUGGACUUAACAACUUGAGAGACAACUCUGUGUUUGAAUGGAAUGAUGGAUCUACCAAGUCAUUUACCAAAUGGAAUACUGGUGAACCAAAUAAUAUGGGAGAAGAAAAUUGUACUGAAGUCGUGGAUAGGGUUACAGGCAAAUGGAAUGAUUUGAACUGCUCUUCUAAAAACAGGGGUUACGUUUGUAAAAAGCAAUGGAACCUUUGAAGUCUUCAACUUUGAAGAAUUUGACUUUUGAUCACGAUGCUGUUUUGUCUUAAGCCAUGGAAUCGAUAUUAAUAUUCACACUAGAAUCUGAAAUAUCUCUAUCUAUUAAGACAGCGAGACACCCAUCUACCAAAGCAAAGAAGAAUAUUGCACAGUAUCAGUCAAUUUUGCUAUGGUUUAUGAAUUUGACUUGAUCUUUUCAGGAAUGGGUUGAUAAUGAGCUAAGAGUCGCGGGAGCGACAUGAAAGGCUAAGAGAACGUUCAGUCCCAUUGGGCGAGCAAAAUCUGCUCAAAUCCAACCGAAAAAUUACAUUUCUAGUUUAUACUUUGUGUUUUUCUUUUUGGUAAUUGAGUGACAGCAUGAUGAAAAAUCUCAAAGGCUCGUGUAAUUUCUGUGCACCGUAAUGAUGUCUACAAAUAUAUGAGAAGUCAGUCUUACGGUCUCAGAACCAAAUCCUUUUCAGAAAAUUUAAUAAGACAUCCCUUCAUAUAUCUCCAAGAAAUGGCGAAAUAGAAUAAAUAUAAAGACAACUCUCA